CUUCCUAUUAAACUCAUGCGCUUUAGAAGCACUCAUUAACUUGAACAUCUUAUUUAUAUGUGUUACUACAUCAUACUAUUAACGUUACAAAUGAUAGUAGAAUCUGGAUCUUGAUUUUUUACUGUAGAAAAUUUUUUUUUCUGAAUAAUAAUGAUAUUGCAUUAAAUCUCACUAAAAUGGACUUUUAAUUUUAGCGAUUGUUUUGGCCAAUGGUAUCUGGACAAGUUCAAUAGGUUUUGGAUAUAAACCUUUUUGAUUUUAUAAUUGUAUUUUUCUUUAUCCCCCCUUUAUUUUCUUUUCAAUAAAUUACAAUGACAACACGUUGGCUGUGUUUAUUUAUUUGCACAGUGGUGUUCUUAUGUACAGCAGCACAAGCGGCUGUCAUGUCAAUUGACUAUGGUACUGAAUGGUUUAAAGUUGGUCUAAUUAAACCUGGUCGUCCUUUAGAUGUUGCUUUAAACAAAGAUUCUAAGCGAAAAACACAAUCUGUCGUUACUAUUCGAAAUGAUGAACGUAUCUAUGGAAGUGAUGCCGUUAGUUUGGCUGGUAGAUUCCCUCAGUUAACAUAUUCUAAUCUAAAAAGUAUUGUUGGGAAACGCUACGACGAUCCAGUUGUUCAAGAAUUUCGUCGUCGUUAUGUUAAUGAAAUGUCUAUUGAUUCCGAAAGGAAUAUGCCCAUCUUUAUUCACAAUGGAACAACACAUUUGUCUAUUGAAGAGCUUAUUGCUUAUCAAUUCCAACAUGCUAGAAGCCAAGCUUCUGCUGCAGCUGGUGAAAACGUAAAGGAUUGUGUGAUUACUGUCACACCAUUUGCUAAUCAAUAUGAACGUCAAGCAAUUAUUGAUGCUGCUGAACUCGCUGGGUUAAAUGUCUUAACCCUUAUGCAUGAUGAAACAGCUGUUGCUCUCAAUUAUGCUGUUAGUCGUGAAAUUGGUAAGACACCAGAAAAUCAUAUCUUUUACGAUAUGGGUGCUGGUUCAACAGUUGCUUCGAUUGUCACAUUUUCAAAUGUUGAGAUAAAAGACGGUAAAAUCACUCGUACCUCUCCUCAGUUGGAAGUUAAAGGUGUUGGAUUUGAUCGUACAUUGGGUGGUCAUGAGUUUGAUGUUCGUCUUCAACAGCUUUUAAUUGCUGAAUUUAUGAAGGCAAAUAAGGAUCGUAUUAACACUGAUAUCAGAACUUCUUCAAGUGCUAUGACUCGGUUAAUGAAAGAGGCCAAUAGAGUUAAACAAAUUUUAAGCGCAAAUACUGAAACAAUGGCUUCUAUUGAAAGUCUUCAUGAAGAUUUAGAUUUUAAAGUAAAAGUAACUAGAGCCCAAUUGGAAUCCAUCUGUCAAGAUUUGAUUGCACGUGCUAAUAACCCUAUUGCAACUGCUUUGGAAGCAGCUAAUAUGACAGUAGACGAUAUUCAGUCAGUUGUUCUCGUUGGCGGUGGUGUUCGUGUACCUUCUAUUCAAAAGCAAUUGGUUGACCUUGUUGGAGCACAAAAAAUUGCAAAGAAUGUAAAUGGUGAUGAAGCUGCUGUUUUGGGUGCUGCUUUCCGUGGUGCUUCUCUUAGUAACCAAUUUAGAUUAAGUAAACAAAUUACCAUUAAAGAUGUUACACUUUUCCCAAUCGAUAUUUCUUAUAAACCUGAGAAUAAAGGCAAAGAAGCCGCAUCAGCCGUUGAUACAACUAUUGUUAGCAAAUUCGAUAGUAUUAAUAUGCGCAAAAUUAUGACAUUCAAUCGUGUUACAGAUUUCGAGUUUGGUAUGACUUAUGGAAAAAAUGCGCUUGCUGGUAUGGAUGGGAUUGCUAAGGUUAAGGUUACUGGCCUUACUGAAGCUAUGAAUAAGCAUAAAGAUGAUAUCAAAGCAACUGAAAUUCCACCCAAAGUUCGAGUUACUUUUGAAUUGUCUAAUUCUGGUAUUAUUUCUGUAACUGAAGCUUCUCUUCAUAUUGGAAAAAAAUCAUUUAAGGAUAAAGUCAAAUCUUUCUUUAGUGGAAAAGACACAAAAGACUCUAAGGCUGAGAAAAAGAUUGAAGAUGAAGUAAAUAAGCAAAAUGAAACUUCUGUUGAUGAUAAUAAAAACAAUAAUAUUACAACAACCAAUACAAAGGAGAGCAUUACUAUCGAUAAGAUUCCUUUGACAAUAGAAUAUAUUCCAGUUGAUCGUAUUCCUCUUACCGAGAAAGAUAAAGCAAUUGCCAAGAACAGAAUAAAUGAAUUAGACGCAUUGGAUACUCGUAAGAGACUUCGUGAAGAAUCCCGUAAUGCUCUUGAAACUUUUGUAUAUCGUGUUCAAGAUUUCUUAUAUAAUGAAGUAGUAGAGAUUGUUACCACUAAAAAUGACAUUGAGAAAUUUAGGGAAAGACUUUCUGAAACUUCAGACUGGCUUUAUGAUGAGGGUGAACAUGCUGAUACACCUGUUUAUGUCAGAAAGUUAAAAGAACUUCAACUUAUUGAGCAACCUAUUCAGCAUCGUGUAAAGGAGUACAAUGAACGUGAGAAUAAUAUUAACACUGUAAAAACUGUUGUUACACUUGCUCGUGAAUUUGUUAACAAGAUUCGUGGUGAAGUUGAAGAUGCUCGUUAUCAUACUGAAGAAGAACUUGAAGGUUUAUUAAUUGCUGCUGAGAAGCUUGAAAAUUGGAUGGCUGAAAAAGUGGCUGCUCAAAAGAAGUUUGCUAAUACUGAAGAUCCAGUUCUUUUAACUUCUGAUGUUUUAGUGAGAUCAAAUGGUGUUAAAGAUCAUUUGACAAAGUUGAUUACAAAGAAGAAGCCCAAGAUCACCAAAAAGACAUCUGAAGAUGAUAAUAAAAACAAUUCAGGAAAAGAAGGAGAUAACAAUAAUAACAAUACCACAGAGCAAAAUGCCUCACAAACUUCAUCAGCUGAAACAGAUGCUUCUUCUACGAAUAACGCUGAAAAUGAAGAGCACACUCAUGAUGAGCUUUAAAGGGAAGAGACACUUUUGCUAUUAUCUAUCAUAUCUAUUUAGACAUUGAAUACAUCAAUAAAGUCAAUUUUUAUAAUACAUUUAUUCCCCUUUAAUUAAAUAAAUGUAAAUAUUAUCUUAGCAUGACAAUAUCUGUCAUAAAAUUGAAA